AUGAAGUUGUUAGCGGAGGCUUUAAUAUUUAUAGGUUUUGUUUGGGUUGUUCAAGGUUAAGAAAUAUAGGGCGAUAGAGCUCAACACUAUUAAAAUUAUUUAAAAUAAUAUGAUUCCAAAUUAGAUGACUACAUCAAAAGAGAAUAAUUUGGCAAAAGAAAUUUAUAAGGCACAAAUUAUCCUUACAAAAUAUAAUUUGACUAUACUGGGAUAUUAGGUUCUAACAUAGGUACAAAUGGAUUAACGAGUAAUAUAAGUACAUACUUGUAAAGUGUAACAAAAAUGAGCUCAUUUUAUCUAUCUAAACUAAUUUACAGUGAUUCUACUAUUAGUAGUAUAACAACAGCUAGUUGCGGAACUUAUACACCUUCUCCCACUUAAACAUUUAAUAACAUCAACAUUGUAGUUAUGGUCAAUUUUGUAAAUUUGCCUACAAGUGCUUUUCUUACAUCUUCAGAUACUUGCUAAAGAGAUUCUACUACGUAAAGACCUAUAUUAGGACUUUUGACAUUUAACAUAGCAAUACUUAUACCUCUGCCUUUAAAUAAUAGCUAUGAUUUCAAAUAGCAUUUUAAAAUGUCAACAUAGGAAAUUAUUCGUAUUUUUGGUUUUCGCUUAGAUUAAUUAUAGUACUGGAUAAACCCGAUAUCUACAUCUACCCCUUAAAGCAGUUAUGGAACAGUAGGUGUUUAGCAAAGUGUUAUCUAUUCUGUUAUUCUUAGAGGUUUUACAAAUACUUUGUUUUUAUAAACUCCUUUCAUUACUAAAACUGCUCAGGAUUACUAUAAUUGCAAUACAGCAUAAGGCAUGCAGUUAGAAAAUCAAGAAAACCUAUCUAUUCCUAAUGCAAGGUUAGAUUUCGAGAGAACAAUACUUUAUAACGAAGCUUUAACUGCUAAUAUCCUAGAUGGAAAUUCUGUUUUUAGCAUAUUUACGGGUUCUCUUUUGAAGGAUAUGGGUUACUUUAGUCUUAUAGAUUUUAAUUUUUUGGAUGAUAUUAUUUUUGGAUAGAAUGAAGGCUGUAAUUUUUUGAGCAAAGUUUGUUAACCCCCAUCUUCAUAUCCUGAAUUUAAUUAUGGUGGAGGCCAGCAAUGUGAUUUUUAUGGUUAAGGGAUAGGGUAAAAUACUGCAGAUAGCUUUGUAGAUCCUGGAUGUGUAAUAACACAAGUAAAUAAAUCUAAUCUAUGUGAAAAUGCUUCUACUGAUACUUCUACUAGACAAAUUGGAGGCAAUACCUCUAAAUGCUUUAGUUCUAGUGCUGUACAAUAUUUAUAAACAUCUACUCUUCCUAAUGCAAGGUGUCAUGAAAUGGCAUGCUCAUCAGAUUUUAAAACAAUUUUUAUAAGACUUUUACCAAACUAAUAACUAAUACCUAUCUGUACUUUAAACACAUAAGGUUAGACUGUAAAUUUACAUGAUUUUACAUCUAAUCUCCCAGAUCAAACAGGCGGAUCUCUUGCUUGUCCUAAUAACUAUAAAAAUUUCUGUCUUUAACCAUCGCGUUGUCCGAAUAAUUGUAGUAUGAAUGGGUUUUGUAUAAGGAAUAACUGUGUUUGUUCAGACUACUACGCUGAUGUUGAUUGUUCACGUUCUUGUUCUUCAUCAACACCUUACUGGAAUGGUACUUAAUGUGUAGCUAGUUGCCCCACCAAUUUAUAUGCUAACCCGAAUAAUACCUGUUUAUAAAGUUGUCCUGAUGGAUAUUAUAUAGAUUCAAUUUCCAAAACUUGUAAAUAAUGUGAUCAGUCUUGUAGAACUUGCUCAAGCUCUAAUGUCUGCCUAACAUGUAAUUAUCCUUAUGUUUUAGAUGUUUCAGGAUCUAAAUGCUAAUUAAUUUGCAACAGUGCUUGCUUAAAAUGCUUUGGAAAUAGUGUAAAUUAAUGUUUUUAAUGUAUUGAUGGUUACUACCUUUAAGGAUAUUCUUGCCUAUAAUGCCAAGCACCUUGUUUAAAAUGCUCAAGUUAAGUUACUUGCUUAAAUUGUAUUAGUAAUUAUACUUACAAUAGUGUUAGCUAAACAUGUAGUCCUAAUUGUCAUUCCUCAUGCUUAACAUGUUCAUCACCUGCAGAUCCUUCUCAGUGUUUAACUUGCUAAUCUAAUUCUUACUUAAAUUUAGGAUAAUGUUUAAGAUGCUAAAGUCCUUGUAGCUCAUGCAGCGGAACCUCUACUAAUUGUACAUCAUGCAUACCUUCUUAUAAUUUAGUUAAUGGGUAUUGCUAUCCUAUAUGUAUUUCCAAGUGCUCUACUUGCUCUGAUACUACUACAUGUAACCAAUGUUUUACAGGUUAUUAUUAUGAUACUUCUACAGCAACACCUAAAUGCUCUUAAUGUCCUACUAAUUGUACUAGCUGCACUAGUGCUACUGUAUGCACUGAUUGUGUUUUUUCAUAUACCUUAAAUAGUAGUAACUCAUGUGUUGCAUUAAGCCCUGCUCCAGAUCCUCUCUAUAAUUGCUUAACUUCUUAAUUGAAUCCAACUAAAUAAUGUUUAACAUGCUCCACAGGUUAUUUCCUUAAUAAUUUAAUUUGCUAAAAAUGUAAUUCUAAUUGCUUUUCAUGCUCUGGUUAAAGCAAUUAUUGCACUUCUUGUCCAAACGGAAGCUACCUAAACACUUUAACAAAUUAAUGUUAGUUUUAAUGCCAUCCAAUAUGCUAGACAUGUUCCGCUGGCUUAGAUCCAACAAAAUGUAUUACAUGCCAAAUAGGAUAUGCCUUAACUGGUUAAGCUCCUAAUUCGUGUACACCUUGCUUAAAUAACUGCAAAAGGUGUGUAAUUAUAAAUACAACAUAGUAAUGCUUAGAUUGUGUACUUAAUUAUCAGCUCAGUGGAACUGUUUGUAAUCCAAUUUGUGAUAGAUCUUGUCUCACAUGCUCUUAGCCAUACAAUUCGAAUGCAUGCUUAAGCUGUCCUCCAGGAUAUUAUUUAAACAGUUAGUCUUAAUGCUAGCCUUGCUCUGCUCCUUGCAGCACUUGCUAAGCUUCGAGCACAAAUUGUAAUUCAUGUAUCACAAAUUACAAUCUAAUAGGAUCUUAAUGCUUUCCUACUAACUGUGAUUCUACUUGCUUAACAUGUUCUAUCCCUUAAAAUCCUAAUAAUUGCACAAGCUGCAAAAAUGGAUUUUAUCUCAAUAGUUUUUAAUAAUGCAAACCUUGUGAUUCCACAACCUCAUUUUGUUAGACAUGUGUAUCUUUAUCCUCAUACUGUACUUCAUGUAUUGCAAAUUAUUAAUUAAUAGGAAGUACAUGUAAACCUAUUUGCGCUUUAAACUGUGCAACAUGUACAUUGCCUUUAAAUAUGGCAUCUUGCACAGCUUGCUAAGAUGGAUACUUCUUAAAUUCUGGUAAUUGCACUCCAUGCUAGUCACCUUGCAAAACUUGUGAUUAAACCUCUGGUACCAUAUGCAAAUCUUGUAUUAAUUAAUAUACUUUACAAGGAACUUAGUGCGUUUUGGCUUGUGAUCCAAGCUGCUCUAAAUGCACCUAGCCAAAUAAUAGUAAUGCUUGUUAACAAUGUUAACCAAAUUACUUCUAACCUAUUAAUACAACUUCUUGUUAAUAAUGUGGAGCAAACUGUAUAAAAUGUCAAGAUAUGCCUGAAAAUUGCAUUACAUGCUAGCCUAAUUAUAAUACCGUUAAUGGCGUUUGUGUUUUUAAUUGCAGUGCAAAUUGUAGAACAUGUGUGGAUUAAUAUUAAUUUAAAUGUUUAAGUUGCUACAAUGGGUAUUACUUAGAUACACUUUUAUAAGUAUGUGUAUAGUGUCCUUCUCCUUGUAAUUUAUGUUCUUCUGCAAAUACUUGCUUGAGUUGUAUACCAAACUAUUAACUAAAUCCAGCUACUAACUAAUGCCUUCCUAUUUGUGAUGUCUCUUGUGCUCCAAAUUAAUGCUCAGUACCUCAAUCUUAAAUUGCUUGCACAGCUUGUAAUCCUAAUUAUUUCUUGUAAGUAACAUCUAAUCCAAGUUCUCCUGGAACUAAUAUUUAAAAAUGUAUUUAAUGCUCAUCUCCAUGCUAAAAUUGUACUGGUUCAGCUACUUUUUGCACUUCUUGUGUUACUAACUAUGUUUUGCAAGCUAAUACUUGUGUACCGAACUGUGGAAAUAAUUGCUAAACUUGUAUCGACCCUUCUGAUUCAAAUACUUGCACUUAAUGUAAUCAAGGUUAUUAUCUUUCUAUUACUAUGACUCCAACUAGCUUAGUUAAACAGUGUAUUGCUUGUCUUUUUCCUUGCAGCAAUUGUUAAGGUAGUACAACUAUUUGCACUUCUUGUGUUGCAAAUUACUCCCUUUAUGGAAAUGUUUGUAUCCCUAAUUGUCAUUCUUCUUGUAAGACAUGCUAAUCACCUUUAAAUAGUAACUCUUGCUUAUCUUGCAAUCCUGGUUUUUUCCUCUCAGGUACAGGCACAACAGGUUCUUGCUUACCAUGCUAAUCACCAUGCUCUACUUGUGUGAGUGAUCCUACAAAUUGCCUUUCUUGUAACACUGAUUAUUAUUUAAGCCCAAGACCAGUAGUAACACCGACACUUUAAAACUAAUGUCUCCCUUAGUGUGAUUCAACUUGCCUGACCUGUAAAUUACCUAAAAAUAAUCAGUAUUGUUAAACAUGCAUUGAUGGUCUAUAUUUGUAGCUUUUAGAUUCUAACAGUGGUAAAUGUUUUCCUUGCAAAAGUGAAUGUUUUUAAUGCACUAAUCCAACAUAAUGUACCUCAUGUUAGCCCAACUACUAAUUUGAUGCUAUCUCUUCUCAAUGUCUCCCUAGUAAUUGCAGUAGAACAUGCUAAACUUGUUCAAUCCCUUAUAAUGAAAAUGCUUGUACCUCCUGUUACUCUGAUUCAUGGUUUGAUUCUUCUUCAAAAAAAUGUAUAUUUUGUAGUUUCCCUUGCAAAACAUGUAAUGGCUCAUCUACUAACUGUUCUUCAUGUUUACAAAACUACUCUCUUGUUCCUCAAUCAGACGGGACAAACUUAUGCAAACCAAACUGCGAUCCUUCUUGCCUAACUUGCUCAUAGCCAUUAAAUCCUAACGCCUGUUUGACUUGUAGAACACCAAGAUAUGUUCUAAACUCUAGCAAUUAAUGUGUGAGCUGUCUGCCUUAAUGUAUUUCAUGCAGUGACACUAUAGAUAACUGCUAAUCUUGCAUAGCAGGAUAUUAAUUAUAACCUAUUAAUCCAAAUAAUCCAAAUUAUAAAACAUGCUAAAUUAUCUGUAGCACAGGAUGUUCCUCUUGCUUGGGAGUCUCUUCAUAUUGUCUUUCAUGCAUAAAUGGAUAUGUUUAUGACUCUAGACUAAAAUUAUGCAAAAUAGUAUGUGAUCCUUCCUGUUUUAUGUGCAGCUAAUCUUACUCUCCAAACUCAUGUACUCAAUGUUGGCCAGGAUAUUACUUAAAAAGUAACCAAUGUUUGCCUUGUCAGAAAGGAACUUAUUCUAAUUAUAAUGAAUGUAUUGAUUGUUUGGAUAACUGCGUAGAGUGCAUUAAUUCAACAACAUGCAAUAAAUGUAGAGCAGGAUACUCUCUAAGUUCUAAUAACUAAUCUUGUUUAUAUAAUGGUGUUUAAACAAUAGUAGUUACAACUGACUGCAAUUAUUCUUGUGCUACAUGUGUUGAUUAGAAAUACACUUCUUGUGUUACAUGUGCAGCCAACAGAUAACUCUCUAAUUUUUAUUUUACCUCUAUUGGAGCAUGUAUUUGUCCUCCAUCAUAUUCAGAUAAUGGAUAGGCAUUUUGCGAUUUAUCAUCUGCUCAGUCUUCAAUCAAAGGAUCCAAUACAGCAUUAUAUGCUUCUUCAAUAGCAACUACUGUGAUUUUAUCUACUUUAGCAAGUAAUCCAAUUACAUUCUUUGGAUAUUUAGAAAUAACCUAAUAAUUAAGCUAUAUAACUUAUGUUAACUAUUAGUCUAAAAUGGGUUUAGAUGAAAACAUGCAUAUUUUAUAUUUAUCUCACAUAAGCAAUAUAUUUUCAUUAAAUAGUAUUGGCCCAACUCAGAAAAACACGCCUCUUACAAAAAAUAACUUAAGAAACCUUUAAAAUAGUUAAAGAGAUAUCAUGCUAUCAGAAUAUGAUACUGGAGUUUCUAAAUCAUAGUUGCAAAUUAAUGGAAACAGUAAGUUCUAUUAAAAUUAAAAAACUCCAUAUUUUGCUAUAAACUCUAUCCCUAUAAUUGUUAUUACUGCUCUACUUUGGAUUUUAAGUUUUUUGGCUUCUUUUAUCAAAGCAAAUUAAGACUAAGUUUGGAAAUCUAAGUUAAAAAAUUUGCUCUAUAAAUCACUUCCUACAGUAUUUUUUAUAAUAACUUAUUAAGAGUUAUCACUUCUUAUCUUCUUUUAGUUUGAAAUUUUUAACUUUGAGACAAGCUUAGAUGGGUUUAGCUCAAUCUAUUCUAUCUUUGUCUUUUUAUAUUAAAUUGGGUUUUUAGCUUAUCUUCUUUAUCUUUUAGAAAUUAAAGGAAUAUUUAAAAAUACUUUUGCAACCAAAAUAAUUAGUUAAGCUCAAACGAAUGCUUUCCCUUCAUCUAAUACUAUUAAGUCUUAAGAAGUAAGCCAAAAUGUAAUAAAAAGUAAAGUCUAGAAACUUAAUUUAAAAGAAUAGAGUGUUAUACCACUGCAAAUAGUACCUGAAUACGAAGAAGUGCUAAAUUAAAAUAUUUAAGAAAUUAAAAAAUCGUAUUGGAUCUUAGAAGAAUACUUAUCUCAUGAGACAUUUUUAAAAAGAAUUUUUAUUUUUGUUCUUAUCCUAAAUAAAACCAUAAAUUCAAUUAUCCAAGUAACUUCUUACGAUGAUCCUGUUUUACAAUCUUCACUGAUAUUUGCUUUUAAUUUCCUCUUUAUUGUUUACUUGAUUAUAUCAAAACCUUUUAAAAGCAGAUAUCAUUUGAUUUGCUAUUUAAUUUGUGAAAGUAUUAUAUUAUUAAUUAAUAUCUUAGUAUUAAUACUAGUAAAUACAUCUGAUUAAAAUGCUACCUCAUAAACAAAUAUUUGCUUGGCAAUCCUCUCAUUUACAAUAAUCUUAUUGUGUUUCUAUUUUUUAAUUUCCAUAAUAACUCUUAUUAAAACCAUACAUUUGUACUGCGUAAAAAAUGAUAAAAUUUUAGCAAAUACAAAACUUAAGUAAUCUAGUAUUAGUAAUAGCACAAAUUUAACAUAUAAAAGAUCACAAAUAGUAUUAUCAAAUUUUAGAAAUCUCGAAAAUACAUAAUCACAAUUCGAAUAAAAGUAACAGAUUUACAAUAAUCAGUAAUAUAAAAACGUAGCUAAUGAUUCAAUUAUGAGUUAAACAAAGUAUACUUAAAAUCAUAAUGACUCCAUUUUAUAAGUAGAAGAAGAUUUUUAAAUUGUUAAUUAAAAGCCUGAGUUUAGUUCUCAUUUAGAUCUUAAAAAAUUCAUCAGUAAAAAGUAAGAUAUGGCAAAGCUUAGAAAUAACUUUAUUUUUAACAAUUAAAAUAAUAACUAAAAUGUUGAAAGAACAGUUUUACUUGAUGAUAAUUCUAACCUUUUUCAUUUUAUUCCACAAAGAUAAAGAUAUUAAAUUAAACCUGUGAUCGAUGAAUUGCUUAAAAAUUGA